CGGCGGCCGGGCGCAAUGCGCAGGCGCGACGGGGCGGGACGCCGCGCGCAGGCGCGGUGCGUGGAGGCGGGUUUGAACGGUGGCGGGUAACGGAAUCUGUCGGUGCUGCGCUGCGCUGUGCCGUGCUGCUAAUGGAGCCCGUCCUGAAAGAUAUUUCUGCAUUUGUAGAAGUUUGGUCAUCUAACAGAACAGAAAAUUACUCAAAAACUUUUGAACAGCAACUUCUUGAUAUGGGAGCAAAAGUUUCAAAAACUUUGAACAAGCAUGUGACCCAUGUAGUCUUCAAAGAUGGACGUUUGGCUACAUGGAGGAAAGCACAGAAGAUGGGUGUAAAAAUAGUUUCUGUUCUCUGGGUGGAGAAGUGUCGAGAAACUGGAUUACAUGUUGAUGAAUCCUUAUUUCCUGCAGUAGACACUAGCGAAGGUUUACCACUACUGAUAAAAAAGCACAAAUGUAUGCAGCCAAAAGACUUUGUUGAAAAAACUCCAGAAAAUGAUAGAAAGCUGCAGAGAAGACUGGACCAGAUGGCUAAAGAAUUAGCUGUUCAAAAGAUAGCAAUUAAUGCUGAAACUGAUGUACCAGUUUUACUAUUUGAAGACAAUGGUUCACUUGUAUACAGCCCCGUUAAUAAGAUAAAAGAUCAAUGUAGUGCAAUGGAAAGAAGAAUAAAGGAGAUGAAGGAAAAAAGAGAAAACAUUUCUCCUACUGCUUCACAAAUGUCUCAAAUACCUUCAAGUAGUUUACCAGGAGGCUGCUCGCUGUCUACUUCAACCUUAACUAAUUCAGAAGCUGCAUUGUUACCGGAAGAACAAAUGGAAGACUGCUUGAACUCAAGUUACGAUUGUCUUUGGGGAACUGAUAAAUCAAAGAGGCAGAAAACAGAGAUAGUAAAGCAUGCCUGUGAUACUUGGACUGAUAGUAAUGUAUCCAUGAGUGCAUCAGUGAAUUCUCCUUCACGUAGCUAUGACCAGAAGAGCUUAACACCAAAACAACAUAGCAGAAGAAGCUUAAGAAAGAAACAGAUUUUGCAGCACACUUUGGAUGACAAAUUGUCUUUAGAAAAGAAACAUCUAAAAGAGUUUCCAAAGAAAAAUCAGCAGGAUGAAAAUAGCAUGACUGCUUCAGUUGCAAACGAAAAUUCUCUUCUCCAAAUCGAGGACUUGAGUCAUAUUACUCCUUCCAAAAAAAUAGCCAAGUUAAACACCAUUCCUGCUUUGAUCAGCAGUCUCUCUAAUUCACCUAUUAACAGUGAAGACUUAAAUACGUGUUCAUUGGAUAGAAGCUUCCCUGUUGACAGAAAUUAUUGUACUCUUGAAGACAAGAAGAGGAAGAAAAUACAAACACUAUCUAGUUUGAAACUGAAUUCCUCAGAACUGGGUGCAUCAGGGUCUAAAGAGUUCUUGCAAGCAGUUACUACAUACAGCAAGUCUUUUUGCACUGACGACACUUCUUAUGAAGACUUUUUUUCAUCAUCUAAUUUGAAUGAAAAUGAGGUAAAGGUACGAGUACCAAAGGAAUCACAGAAUCCUCCUCAAGUUUGUUGCAAAGACUCUUUUACAACCAUGGAUUCGCUUGACGUGAGUUUCUGUAAGUCACAUACUACUUCCAAGAAAAGUAGGAAAACAUCUAUUCCAGCAAAUGAUGUUUCAGUAAAGAAAAACUUCAAACCAACUGAACAUCCUGGAAGUGUGCCAUUAAAUUAUAUGUCAGAUGGUGAAAAAGCUGACAUUGCAGAAGCUCUAGAUUCUGAUGGUGUGAGUAGGCUGUCUCAGCAUGCUCAUGAAAAAUCCUACAGAACCAAUGUGAAUUACUGUACUCACACUACUGGUGAUGAAAAUGAAGUUUCAGUGUGUCAUGUUACUGACGGCUCUUGCAAAGUUUUUAAUGAACAAAAGAAUAAGCACAAUGGGGGGUUAAGAAAAACUAGAAGACUCCAAAAGCCAACAAGGACACUAGUUAUGACGAGUAUGUCUUCUGAGAAACAAAAUACAGUAAUUCAGGUGGUGAAUAAACUUGGAGACUUUUUGUUCUCAGAUGAUGUAUGUGAAACAACAAGUCACGUAGUUACAGGGAGUCCUCGUCGUACCUUGAAUGUUAUGCUGGGAAUUGCUCGUGGGUGUUGGAUUGUUUCUUAUGAAUGGGUUCUGUGGUCUUUGGAAUUGGGCCAUUGGAUCUCAGAGGAACCAUAUGAGCUUUCAUCCAGCUUCCCUGCAGCUCCUAUCUGCAGACUUCAGCGUCACCUAUCAACAGGAAAAUACCGGCAGAAUCUCUUUUCAAACCAGCCUGUAAUGUUUGUAUCUCCUACCAGUCAGCCACCCUGCGAAAAGCUAAUUGAACUUAUACAGCUGUCAGGAGGGAAAAUAUGUAAAGCCUUACGUCAGGCAAAAAUCUGUAUAGGAAAAAACCCAGGAAAGAAGUACCAAGAAAUAAAAUGUUUAUCAGAAAAAUGGAUAUUAGAUUCAAUCACUCAGCAUACAAUAUGUCCCAUGGAAAACUACAUUUUUCAGCUGUGAGCUAACUCAAGAGCUUCCAUAUGGUUGAAAGGAAACAAGCCUAGUUGGGAUUCAACAAAAAAAACCUAAGCUGUGAAUAAAAUUUCUAAGAAAACACAAGUUACGUAUUUAUAAAUACAGGGAAAUGUUUUCUACAUUUUUAUUGCUU